GUUCUAAAAAUAGAGUGUAAUUCCCAGAUUUUAGAUUUCAAAUUUUAAAAAUUAAUAAGUAUUUAUAAUAAAGUGUACUUAACAUUUUAUUUUAAUCAUAUCUUUCAUAUUAAUCUUUAACGAAUUAUUCAGUUAUCGGAAUCAUGGAGAAUCCGGCACCAUUACCUUCAGACCAUUAUAAAUUAAAAUGGAACAAUCAUGCAGCCAACUUUCUACAAAUAUUAACUGAGCAUCAACAAGGAGAAUAUCUUGUUGAUGUGACAUUAUCUUGUGGAGGGCAAUAUAUAAAGGCGCACAAACUAAUAUUAGCUGCCUGUAGUGAUUACUUCAACACCAUCUUUCAGAUUCACGCGAAUAUCCAGCAUCCCAUUAUAUUUUUGAAUGGCGUCCAAUUUACAGAUUUAAAAUACAUAUUAGAGUUUAUGUAUUCUGGUGAAGUAAGGGUUUUAGAUAAGCACUUCUCUGACGUACUGGCAUUAGGAAAAACUUUACAAGUUAAAGGUCUAUCAGCUGUGGUUGUUAAAGACUUUCCUGAAGAUGUUUAUCCGAAAGAAACUAGCACGACUACACCAAUCCAACCAAAAAAACCUGUGGUUUAUAAGAAACCAAAGCUGACCAAACCAGCCACUGACUUAAAGCCGAAAGUAGAGGAACCGGCUGACGUACUAUCACAGUCAAGUUUGCUUAUAAGCAACAAAAAUAUAAUACCUUUAAGUGCGCCUAUUGUUGAACCUCCGCCGAAAACGAUUCAAAACAUACACCCAUGUCCAUCUUUACCCUCUGUUUCAUCAGUAACGUUACCAGUUGGUGAGACGUAUUCUUUCAGUCAAAUACUCGAAAAGCCAGCAAGUCCGGUCGUACCCUCUAUAUUGUCGAAAGCAACGGUUAUUCCAAAACCUCCUCACGCCUUUAUGAUAUUUGCUAGUGAAUGGAGGAAAAAGUUGACCAUUGAAAAUCCACAGGAGUCUACUAAGCAAAUAUCGGUUCGAUUGGGAAACAUGUGGAAAACUUUGCUUCCGGAGACUAAAAAUAUUUAUUAUAGGGAAGCAAAAAGGGUCGAGGAGGAACAUAAACGAAAAUACGCAGAUUUGCAGAAUACCCAAAAAAUGCCUGUAAAAAGAAAGGCGGAUGAAUUAAGUACGACUUCGACCGGCAAUAAUACGACCCUAAACGGGAAUAAUUCCGCGGUAUCCUCUUCCGUAUCUGCAGAUCACAUCGAGGUUAUUGAAAGUCAGGAAGAACGGAUUUCAAUCAGCGACAGCGAAUAAACAGCAAAAAAUAGAACCCUGUGAAAUCCACACUUUAAAAACCCGUUUCCUUAAAGAGUGUUUUGUUAAGCUAAGUAUAAAUGUGUAAGACUGUUUACUACUUACCUAUAAUUAGGCUUUUAAGCGUGUUUCCAUUUUGUUUUUCAUUUACUUUUAAGUUAGUUUAAAAAAAAUGGGUUUCUAUCUCAUUUACUACCUCAUUUUAGUAUACAUCACAAUGUACAUAUUUUGUUUGUAAUACAAUGUUUUAAACGUC